AUGUUGCGAUUCAGCUGGUACCGUCUGUGCAGCAGCGGUGCGGCCGCCGCCUCGUCGCUCACGCCGGAUGUGUUGGCGGUCGCGAAGGCGCAGUCCAUGCAGCUGGACGACCUCUCGCCCCGCAAGAUCGCCUCUAUUCUCGACACGUACAUUGUUGGGCAGGAUGAGGGAAAGCGGGCCGUCGCCAUUUCACUCCGCAAUCGCUGGCGUCGUCGACAAAUUAAAGACGAAGGCCUCCGACAAGAUAUUCUCCCAAAAAACAUUUUACUCGUUGGACCCACUGGAGUAGGUAAAACAGAGAUAUCCAGACGUAUGGCAAAACUCACCGAUGCACCAUUUAUUAAAGUGGAGGCCACAAAGUAUACAGAAGUAGGGUUUAAAGGAAAAGAUGUGGAAUCUAUUAUUGAAGAACUAUACGCUAAUGCAAAGACGAAAGCCAAACGAAGAUUAGAAAUGGAACGUGAACCAGAGGCACUUGCAAUGGCACUUGAUGUUGUUUUCAAUGCAUGGUCAUCACGUCGUCGUCUUACUAGUGCAUAUGGUAUUAGCAGUAGUAGUAGUAGUAGUAGUAGCAGCGGUAGUGGCAAUGUUGGAGACAAAGAUAAUGAAGAAGAUGUUUCUCCCUUUAAAGAAGUUACUCUUGAAGAGUUUAAAGAAAAGUACAAGACUGAAUACAAGGAUGAUAUGGUGGUGAUUGAUAUUACACAACAUCCAGUAAAUGCAAAACCUAAUGUUGGUCCUGGUGGUAUUGACAUUAUGUCUGUUAGUGCCUUUCUUGGCCUUAACACAGAGCCAAGGCGGGCGAAGGUACGAGUCUCUAAACGUGUGGAAGAGGCAGUUCCACUGGCAAUGCAAGAAGCACUAGAUCGACUAUUGGAUGAAGCUCAAAUAAAUGCAUUAGCCCGUACAUUGGCAGAAGAAGAUGGAGUUGUAUUUAUUGACGAAAUUGAUAAGGUGGUAACGGAACCGUCAAGUCCUAAUGCAGAUGUGAGUUCUACCGGUGUACAGCAAGACUUACUUCCUCUCAUUGAGGGAUCCAGUGUAACAAUGAAAGAUGGUACUCAAAUAAAUACAGACAAUAUUCUCUUUAUUUGCUCUGGGGCUUUUCAUACAGCAAAGACAUCUGAUAUGAUCGCUGAACUGCAAGGUCGUUUACCAGUUCGUGUGGAACUAAAGGCAUUAAAUGAGGAAGAUAUUCGACGUAUUCUGUGUGAACCAAAAUUUAAUCUCUUAAUGCAACAAAAGGCAUUAAUGAAGACAGAAAAUAUUGAUGUGGAUUUUACUGAAGAUGGUGUUAAUGAACUAGCACGGGUAACAACAACGGUAAACGCAAAUGGGCAAAAUAUUGGGGCACGUCGUCUGCAUACUGUUAUUGAACGUGUGAUGGAUGAGUAUAGCUUUAACUGCCAGGAAUAUGAAGGUAAGAAAGUCGUUAUAGAUGCUAAUGUGGUACGGAGUGCUACAGAAUCACUACAUAAAAAUAUUAACCUUGCCAAAUACCUCCUCUAA